AUGAUUAGAAUUUUAACAAUUGCUAUCUGCAUCACACUUAUUUUUGGAUCAUUCAUCAAAGAUUAAUCAGCAAUCAAUAAUGUAGAAGUAAUAAUUAAAUAAAAUUUAUCUUUAGUGUUCUGAAGUUGAACACAGGAGACCUGAUGUUUUUUAUGUUACAGGAACAGGUUCUCUAAGUGUUGAACCAACUAUUGUCACUGUCAAUUUUGCAAUUGAGAUUUUAAAUGAAUUUGCAGAAAUUGCAUUAAAUACUGCAAAUAAUAUAUAAGCAACAGCCUUUAAGUAGAUUUUAUAUAAAAAUGAAAUAGAUCAUUGUAAUCAGUUGAUACAUCAAAUGCAGGAGUGAAGAUUUCUACUACUUAAUUUUAGAUGUAUCCUCAUUAAGAAUAUGAUUAUACUAAUAAUGGAAAUCCUGAACUUAAAUUCAAAGGUUAUAAAGUAAUCAUAAGUCAAAAAUUGGAAACCUCUAAUUUAAAGAUCGUUGGAAAAUUAAUUGAUGCUGCUAUAAAUGCAGGAAUAACUAAUAUCAAUAAUGUUUCUUUUGAUGUUAAACCAGAACAAAAAUCAGAAUUAAAAGAUUAAAUUCUUUAAUUAGCUAUUAAAGAUGCAACACAUAAAGUUUGUCUACUUAUUAAUUUCAAUAGGCUGAAAUUGCAUUAAAGUCUUUAGACAUGAAAAUCCAUUCCAUUAAAAGCAUUUCCAUUGAUUAAUAAUAUGCACCAAGACCUAUGUAUACAAAAUAAUCAUUAGCUAUGAAUUCUAUGGAUGGUGCUGCUGCUCCAACUGAAAUUUAUGCUCAAGAAUAGAAUUUAUAACAUUCAAUAACAGUAGGAUUUAUCAUAGUUCCAAAUGAUCAAUGA